AUGGCUGAGAUGCGCGACUUUCUGCUUCACGCCAAGCUGAAACAGGCGUCGCAAACCUCAGCCCUGCUCUCCGGUUUUGCCCUGGUAGCCAUGGUCGAGCUCGACCUUCCGACGGGACAGACGGACAUUGACAAAUACGACGAUGACCCGGGCAUCAUUGCCUUUGCGAUCAUCACCACACUCCUCAUUUCCGUCCAUCUCUUUGCCCUCAUGGUCUCCACCUGCAUCCUACCCUACCUGGACGAGCGCAUCGAGCGCCGCCGCCUGCACAAGGAGGCCCAACGAGCCACCCGGGACCAGAUUACUCGACCGCGCCCGCGCUUGCCCUCGAUUGUUGAUCAGGACCUGAACGAGGCGACCAGAGCCGCCGAAGCAGCGCCACACAAUAUGAUGGCCUGGAACCAUUGGUCGCCGAUGGUGGCCUGGAUUUCUCCGACGCUGCGUGGGGCCUGA